AUGGACGGGCCCGGGGAAGGAGAAGAGCCGGCCGCUGCGGAAGAGGCGGCGGGGGGCGGCGGCCUGGAGCUGCUGGCCCGGCGGCAGCGCAAGGAGAAGCGCGAGCUGCAAGGUGAGGGAGCCGGCUGGGGCAGAGAGACCGAGGGAAGAGCAGGCAGGCAGGCAGGCGCUGCUGCUGCUGAGGGAGGGAGGGAGGGACCCCCAUGAAAGGGGGCGGGGGAGCCGGGUUGCUAGGGAGCCAGGAAACGAGGGUUCGUGGGUGGGCGAGUUUCACUUAGCGGGCUGCAUAUGGAGCGCCUACACUUCGGAACUCCCCGCCACUUGAUACCUGGCAGGCGCCGUCUCGGUACCUGCUUUUCGGCGCCUGCUGAAAACUUCCUGGGAGGUUUCUAAGCAGAGGUUGGGUGGCCAUCCGUAAGGCACGAUGCAGCUGAGAUUCCUGCAUUGCAGCGGGUUAGACUAGAUCAGUGGUUCCCAACCUUUUUUGGCCAUGCCCCACCUAAGCAUCUCUAAAAUCCUGAUGACACCCCACCCUCCCGUGACAUACAAUUCUUAUUAUUCAAAAAGUGAACUCCUAUUCACGUGGAGGAAGCCUAAAAGGCCAUUCACUGUUAAUAACUCAUUCUCAAAUUGACCCCCUUAAAAAUCAAAUCGACCCCUUGUGGGGAGUGUGCCCCACAUUGGGAACCACGGGACUAGAUGAUCCCUGGGAUGCCCUCCAACUCUGAUUCUGUUAUUUUUGUUGGGGCAAGCCCACCUGGAAGCUUAGGAACUUGCGGGAACCUUAAUCUGCUUUCUUUUUUAAGUUUUGCACAUUGCAAUUUUUUCUAUAUUUCAUUGUUUUGUCUCCUUGUAAACCGCUUUGUGGUUUUUUAAACAUUACAAUCAAGCGGUAUAUAAAUUUUAUGAAAUGAAUGAAUAGAAGCAGGAGCAAGACUUGUGGCACCUUCAAGACCUAGCAGGGUCAGUGUAUCUGGCAAAGUAAAUGUAUGCAGCUGCCCCAUAUAACACGGGUUCUCUGGUCCACUCCUAGAACAAAUGCACAGGGCUGGUUUUGACCCUGGAAGGGGGGAAGCUUUGGGGAAGAUGCCUUCCUUGGUUGGUGGGCCUCACCCAGAAGGAAAGGCCAAGGCAAGGGCUAGAUCUUGCACCACCUCCUCACUCUUGCCACUGCUCAUGUGGGGAGCGCCGCCAGACAGGAGUUGCUGAGGACCAAGCAGAGUUGCUAGCUGACCCCCUGCAAGGAUGUGGGAAUCUGCAGGUGCCCAGUGAUGCUGAUCUUCUGAUAAUGUGGCCCUGCAAAUAUGACACCUUAAAUAUAAAACAGGAAAAAAGAUAGGAGAUGUGUUACGGCACAUGGGCUUUUGUAGGUUAGAUCCUGCUUCAUAGGAUGAAAUGGGCUCUUGUUCAUGAACUUUAAUGUGCUAGAAGAGAAGUAUGUUUCAUAUUUAAGGAGGCACAAGCCUCCUUGCAGCACAAUCCUAUUCGUGUCUCCUAAGAAAUAAGUCCAGUUUGGUUCAGUGGGAGUCCUUGCAGCCUCAGGUCUGUAGCAAACACAGGUAUGUGCUUUCUGAACCUGGUGUCGCCCAGUUUUUAUUGUACUCCAACUCCCAGCCUGCAUGACCAGCAGACAGGAGAUUGUUGUCAUCAGUCUGUCUCGAGAGACAAUGGAAUGUGCCUCCAGGGGUGAAGCCAAACCGCUGUGUUAGCAGCACCCAAGUGACCUCUCCGGAGCACAAGCCUGGGCAGUGUAUGGAAAGCUGGAUUUGUUAUUGGGGGGCAAGUUCAGCUGCUACCGAAGAUGUGAUAUGAAGCGUUGCUGGUGCCUUACAUUUGCAAAAUCAUAUUGCAAAUCUUGGCAUGGCAGUGGCUAUGGAAUCUGGAGCAAGUCCAGCUUGCAGCACAGGAGACAAGGAGGGAAUCAUGUUCCCUUGUUCUGACGCUGACCCCAUUACUGGAUCACAUGCUGCCUGUUGACAUUGCACCACAGUCCACGAGAUGGGGUGCCAGUUUCCAAAGCCCACAAACAGUUUUUUGCUAUGGAGCCUCAAUUAGCAUUCAUGACGCAUUAGCAAUUCCACAGAUGUGUUCAGAGCACUUUCUGCAGUGGACCUCAAAAGUGGGGGAGCUGCAGCCGUGCUGGUGUUGCUGAGGUUAAUGUGAGAAGCCUAAAACCAGGCUGGAAGGAGUCCAGGCUGUGGCUUCUUGUCUCAUCCUGCAUUGUCACAGCUCUCUUACUUAGCUUUGUGGUACCGGAAGGAGCAUUGUGCAUUGUAGGUUUUGUUAUGUUUGCUAGGACUAGUAGUAAUUGUGAAUAUUCUUUGCUCCAGGGAUAGGGAAACUGUGGCCACCAAGGCGGAGCUGAACUGCACCUUUCCAUCAGCCCCAGCCAGCCAGUAUGAAACACCUGCAGGGCCACAGGUUCCCCAUCACUGUUUUACUUCACUGGGUAGUCUGAACACAUCAUCCAGAUUAAAUACAUACCUAUAUAUACACACAUAUACAGUUGUACGCUGUUGAGGAACGGAAUCCAUUCUGGAAGUCCAUUCGACUUCUGAAAAUGUUUGAAAACCAAGGCGCGGCUUCCGAUUGGCUGCAGGAGCUUCCUGCGCUCAAUCGGAAACCAUAGAAGCCACGUCAGACGUUUGGGUUCCAAAGAACGUUCGCAAACUGGAACACUCACUUCCAGGUUUGCGGCGAUCGGGAGCCAAAACGUUCGAGCCGCAAGGCGUUCAUCAACCAAGGUACAUGUUUCAGUUGUACAUGUUUCGGAGCAUAGAACUUAACAUGUGCAUUUGUGUACUUUGAGAAUUUUUUUGUAAAAAGCAACUAAUAAAUAAUAUUAAGCAAGACCAGAUUUUAUUUAGUUUGUUUUUUUAAAAAACUGGCCUGUCCUUUCAUAGUUCCAAACAGUUCAUUGGAUUUCAUUCCAGCAUUCCAGACUGGUUUCACCUUUUGAGUGUGUUCGGAAGGCAGUGGUUUUGCUCCCUAUUACGUUUAAGGUUCAUGCACAAUAAGCAUUGUAGUUAAUAGUUAUGUGACUGAGGCAAGUUCCCCCCCGAAAUAGAUACUUUCUGCAAUAUGGGUUUACAGUGCAGUUACAUUGGUAGGUACCCCUGCCCAUACGGGCCAGUCGUGUCCGACUCUAGGGUUGUGCGCCCAUCUCACUCAAGAGGCCGGGGGCCAGCGCUGUCCGGAGACACUUCCGGGUCACGUGGCCAGGGUGACAUCGCUGCUCUGGCGAGCCAGAGCCACACACGGAAACGCCGUUUACCUUCUCGCUAGUAAGCGGUCCCUAUUUAUCUACUUGCACCCAGGGGUGCUUUUGAACUGCUAGGUUGGCAGGCGCUGGGACCGAGCAACGGGAGCGCACCCCGCCGCGGGGAUUCGAACCGCCGACCUUUCGAUCGGCAAGCCCUAGGCGCUGAGGCUUUUACCCACAGCACCACCCGCGUAUUGAAAGACGUUAAAUGCAUUUUUUUCCCUGUUCAAGUGCAAGGACUUCUAGCUGUGCAGCAGAACUUCUCUUGUGUGCCCCUAACUUUGUUCUGCGGGUUCUCCCAACUCUCUGGAGCAGAUUUGGGAGGGUGUCAGGCACACACAGGGAGAGAAGAGGGAGUUCUGUUGCACACAUGGAAUGAGUGCUUUGGAUACGGCCUAUUAUGUCACACCUGCAGUGUAGUAAUGUUAAACUUAAUGAUGGCCAGCUUUCCAAUUAUGAACAGUGACAUGCAUAAUUGCUAGGCACUCACCAGUUGUCUCACUGAUUUGUGCUUCUGCAGCCAAAAUCCAAGGAAUGAAAAAUGCCGUUCCAAAGAAUGACAAAAAGAGAAGAAAACAGCUGUCUGAUGAGGUUGCCAAACUGGAGGCCGAGCUGGAACAGAAACACAAGGGGGAACUUAAGAAGCUAAAGGAGACACUAACUGAAGAGAAUAAAGUACGUGUUGAGGGGCACUCCAUUUUCAAAGCUCUGUUGGGAUAAUAUCCACGGAAACUACCUUUGAACAUUGCUUAUUUCUAACUUGCUAAGGAAUUGAGUUUCAAUGCUGUGACACCAUUUUUGUUUUUUCAUUUUGGCCAUGAUAAAUCUUAUUUUGCCUUAAAUGCACAGUGAGUGAAUGAUCGCUAAAAACAUAUCUGAUUAUUGGAAGCUGCACUGUAUAAAAGUAGAUGAGUUGGGUUACUUCUGCGAAGCGCGAUCAUAUGCUCAGUAAAUGUUUGUUGUUUAUUUGCUGGCAAAUGCUGAUGUUGCACAUUCUAGUUCCCAAGGCAAAUCGAUUUUGCUUGCUGGUGUCAUCAAAUGACAGCGGAUGUCUAACUUGCUUUCCAUAGUACCUGGGAUACUGAUUAGCUCUCUUUGUAGGUUGGGGAAGGAUGUGGACUGCUAUAAUUUGACUGAUAACAGCAGACAGGGAGAACGUAACCUAGCCAGCAGGCUGGAUCCUCACCUCUCUCACCCUUAGCAGGCCAACUUUGACAGUGGACAAGGCUGCCCACCUGUCAAUCAUCUGGCAUCGUUAUGUCAGGUGGUAACUCCAAAUCAGCUGAUCAGUGUCAAUAGCAAGCCCCACUGGCUGUCAAAUAAGUUUGCUGUCAAUAAGCCCUACUUACCAAGGAGCAUUUGGGAGUGCCCUUUAAGCUCCAGAUUGUUCCUCAGCAGCUGUUUCUUUGCCUGCCCUUCCUCUGAUGUCACAUAUGAUGUCAGGGGUUCACAUGGCAUGGGGUAGUAGUACCUUGCAUUAGUACCUUGGGAUGUUGGAAUGGAAGGUGACUAUUCUUCCUAUACCAGACUUGCACAACACCGAGACUUCGUGCAAUUUGUACCGGUUUUCUGCAUAAUCCCUCUUCCUGCAGCUUAUCUAGCCUACAGUAUGAGACAGGAACCACAUAUUGUGCAGGCUAACAACUCUUGGUUUGCACCAUCCUUAAUGUCUUAAGCCUUAGUUUGGAGUCUGAGUGAUACUUCUGGUGUGGUACAUAAUUUGCUUGUUGGGGCCACCGGAGAAUGAGUAUUAAAUAGGUUGGGUGAGAAACUGUGGUAUGAAUGGUAUGAAUUGUUAAGGAACUGAAACUCCAGGUGCAUGCGCUAUAACUUACCCUGAAAAUUAGAGCGGCAAGUUCAAGAAACUAGUCACUACACAUUUUACACAAUUCUCAUUUGUCAUUUAGGAAGAUGCUGCAGUUAUAAAUAUUGCAAGACUGGAGCUUGAGGACAUGGAACAGAUUCAGCCUCCUAGAAUAACAAAAGCACAGAAGAGGCGGGUAAGGUUCUUACGGAUGUGAAUAUUGUCUUGAUUAGACAGUGAGCAACAUGCAGACCCAGGUGCUUCUGUGAGAGAUCUGGUGUCCCCAGGGUGGCUCUGGGACCUGGUUUCAGCCCCGUGGCCCAGACAGAAGCAGUCACCAGCACAGAUCAGGUAGAGAGGGUUUAGAGACCCCUUCAUCUCAUUGCAUGUUAUCCCGUUAAGUCUCUUCUGGUCCUUCAAGCCUCUUUCAUGUAUGCCCACAAUUGGCUACAGCUAACUAACCCCAUCUUUGGAACUGGAUUCCAAGAAAUGCUCAUGGUGACCUUUCUGAAAGGCAAACGAUAUAACUGAAAUCUCUGAAUAAGUUUCAGUACUCCCCUUAACUUGUGCAACUUUAUUGCUUUGCUUUUUGCACCGUUCUGUUAGUAGAACUGAGAUGUGAAUCAUUGGCAACUGAGACCCCUUUUAAUAAGCAUAUGAUAUUAGUUCAUGAUAUGGACAAAUGUGACGUCCCCGUGCAUUUUACUGUUUUCAAACCACAGGAUAAAAAAGCAGCCAUGGAAAAAGAAAGAGAAGAAAGAAUCGCGGAAGCAGAGAUAGAAAAUUUAACAGGAGCUAGGCACCUUGAAAGUCAAAAACUCGCCCAUAGUUUAGCCACGAGGCAAUUAGAAAUUAAGCAGAUCCCAUCUGAUGGCCACUGCAUGUACAGAGCUAUUGAAGAUCAGCUCAAGGAGCAACAAAACUCCUGGACUGUUGCAACGCUUAGAAGUCAAACAGCAGAGUACAUGAAAAGUCACGUGGAUGACUUCCUACCAUUUCUAACUAACCCAAAUACAGGAGAUCUGUACAGUCAUGGUAAGUAAACUGCUUCUGCCACUGUGUGCAUAUUUCUGUCGUGAGUAGUGUCAGCUGUUACAGAGAAAAUUGGUACCAAGUCAGUUUACCACGUAUCAGUGGCACAGAUUUAAUUAAACUGUAAGGACCCCAACAGCUGCAACCAAAUCUUACUUAUGCUGUUCAGAAGUUAGUCUUUCUGUGUUUAUUGCAUGUUUCCUUUAGGUAAAUAUGUACUGGACGGCAAACUUGUGUGUGUGCGUGUGAGUGGUAUAGACCAAUUGCAACAAGAUGUAAAGACAUGACUUACUAUUACUACCUAUGGCAGGAGAGGGGAACUUUUCACCCUCCAGUUGUUGAUGAACUACAGCUUCCAUCAGCCCCAACAAGCAUAGCCAAUGGCCAGGGAUGAUGGGGGUUGAAAUUCAGCAACUUCUGGAGGGCCAAAGGGUCCCACACCUGACUUGUGGCUCUAAGCACAUCAGAGGGGCUGAGACUUUAAGAAUAUCUUAAUGACUGUGACCUAAAUCCAGUACAGGGUUAAGCUUGCUUAAACCCAUUGAAACCAAUGGACUUAAGCAUGCUUAAAACUCUGCAUUAGAUUAAAGCUUUAUUUGUUAAAGCUUUCCCCCACUAAACUGUCUCUGUCUAACCAAGGGAAACAUCCCAAAGCAGAACCUCUGUGCAAUCUAGGAGAAGCACAAACUAUUACAGUAAACGUGUUUUUGGCAAAUCUGUCCAUACCUUUUAUAAUAUUGACUUUGUCAUUUCACAGAACACUGCUUGGUCCUUUGCUCGUUUCUUUCCUUUUAUCUGACAGGGCGACAUCUUUGCCUUCAGCCUGUUUCCUCUUUGCCUUGUGUAUUACUAUGCAAAGUUAUGUUCUUCUGCAUACUUUAAUUGCCAACGUAAGCUUUCCUUUUUGGGCUUGCUCUGUUUUCCAACAUUCAGAUUAAAAAUGGUGCACUUUCUCCCUCCAGAGGAAUUUGAAAAAUACUGCCAUGAUAUAGCAAACACAGCUGCCUGGGGUGGCCAGUUGGAAGUAAGUAUCAUUCCCUGCUCUUUCCUAAUAUCUUAAAUGCCAACGCUUGUUCGUUUUGAGUCUUUAGAAUAUUCCAAAAUCUUCAAGAGAGGCUGGGAAUCCUGUGACCCUUCCAUUGUUUUUCUCAACUCCUGUCAGUCCCAGUCAGCAUGGCCAACGGUCAGGAAAGAUGGGAGUCCAGUAACAGUUUUCCCCACCCUACUUUUACAAUAAAGAAAUGGCUUCAGGUUUAGGUAAUUCUUACUGCAGAGAUAAUCAAGAGCAUUUCUGUUCUGUUUAUAUGGUAGAAGAACAGUUCUACUUUGUAAAAGGUUUACAUUCAUACCACAUGCUAUGCUGAUUGUAUCUGUCUAGCAUACUGAGACCACUGUCAUGUCAAUAUGAAUUAGUAACCUAAUUUUAUUAAGAUAAUAAAAAGGGGAAAAUCAUACUUGCAGUGAUUAUUUUUUUAAUAUAAAUGUCUAAAACAAUAUAGGUUUUGGAGCAAAAUUAUGUUGUUCAAAGAACUGAUCAGAACACUUGCUUUUUUAAAAAAGUGCUUACAUUUUGUUGUAAGCCGCUUAAUGCUGUGUGCUACAAAGAUAACUACAAAUCUCAUACAUAUUUUUUUAAAAAAAAAUAUCUAAUUGUGCCUUGCAGCUAAGGGCUCUAUCGCACAUCUUGCAAACGCCGAUUGAAGUUGUACAAAUGGAUUCACCACCUAUAGUUGUCGGUGAGGAAUACAGGAGAAAACCACUAAUACUUGUGUAAGUAGAUACUUUAAACACUGGGGCUCAAAGGAGUUCUGUGUUUGAAGAAGUAUAUAAGUGACUGAAAACAUUGGUUGAAGUAUGUAUUUAAGGGUACCUUGGAGUAAGACCAUUGAAUUCAGUGAGACAUAUUAUGGGUAAACAGUCAUAGUAGCAUCAUGGGGAAGGGUCAACUAGCCGUCUGGAGCAGAUUUCAGAGGGGGGAGCGGGGAGAGAGAGACGAUAGCUGAAAAUGGUUUUCUUCUCUGUUCUGCUAUUGGAAGGCUUACCAUCAGCAGAGAAACACCACUGGAAAUAAAACAAUUGGAUGCAUCUAUGUGUGCAUGCAUUCUGUUCGUUUGAAAGACAUCUUUGUAAUUGCUAUAACACCUGUUGUUUUUGCUUCUAGGUAUAUGAGACAUGCAUAUGGAUUAGGAGAACAUUAUAAUUCUGUAAAACCUCUAAUGGACACACCUACAGAAAAUGAAAGCUAG